AUGCAGACCGCCAGCAGCAGGGAGCGCCAAGCCAGGGAUUAUUUGGAAAAACAUCGAAUCAUGGAGCUGCUGAACCAUCUCACCAGCGUCCUCCUCUUUGUCCGGCCGGAAAAACCGAGAGAAUACUUAAUAUCCAUACUGGAAAGUAUGAGAAUUGCCAAAUUAACAUCCGUAGCUUUUCCUUACUUUAUGGAUAACUCUAACAUUGUGGCUAUGUUUGAGAUGAUGGAUACCGCAGGCAAAGGCACCAUAUCAUUUGUGCAGUAUAAAGAAGCCCUAAAAACCCUGGGUCUGUGUAUUGCAGAUGAAGUUUUAAAAGAUGACGGACAUAUAAUAACUUUGGAUAAAUUCAGGGAUGAAGUAUAUAUAUAUCCAGAUUCUCUACAAGCAUUUGCCAGAAAAUUUUAA